GGCACCUUCAAAGGGUCCUGAUUCACGUGCGUCACAUAGACAACACGUUCCGAUGAUGCCCAGCAGAGCAGCACAUCUCUUACAAAAGCCUGCUGCUAGAAGAUCUGUUUUAUCGAGUUUCGGGUCUUCUUUCCCUGUGUCUACACCAUCACGUUGUUCCCUAGAAUUUUCUCCAGAGUUAUCUGCUGGUCCAGCAUGGGGAAAAGAAGCAGGCAGAGGCAGAAAAACCAGAAUGCUAGCAGAGACGACAGAGACAACGCAGGCUGGGGAGCCGGCUAUGCUGACAUCAUCAAGGAGAACAAGUUGUUUGAGCACUACUACAAGGAACAAGGUCUGAUACCUGAGGGAGAGUUUCACCAGUUCAUGGAGGCCAUGAGGGAGCCGCUGCCUGCAACCAUCCGCAUCACUGGAUAUAAGAGCCAUGCUAAGGAGAUCCUCCACUGUCUGAAGGAAAAAUACUUCAAGGAUAUUCAGGAGCUGGAAAUCGACGGCCAGAAGAUUGAAGCUCCACAGCCUCUCAGCUGGUAUCCUGAUGAGCAGGCCUGGCACACCAACAUGAGCAGGAAACUCAUUAGGAAGUCUCCCCUGCUGGAAAAGUUUCAUCAAUUCUUGGUCAGCGAGACGGAGUCUGGUAACAUCAGCAGACAGGAAGCCGUCAGCAUGAUCCCUCCUCUGCUCCUGAAGAUUGAGUCCCAUCACAAGAUCCUGGAUAUGUGUGCAGCUCCUGGUUCAAAGACGGCUCAGCUUAUUGAGAUGCUUCACUCUGACAUGGAUGUGCCAUUUCCAGAGGGCUUUGUGAUUGCCAACGACGUGGACAACAAGCGCUGCUACCUUCUCGUGCACCAGGCCAAGCGUCUCAACAGUCCCUGCAUCAUGGUGGUGAACCACGACGCCUCUUGCAUCCCCAUGCUUCAGAUCGACUCUGACGGCAAGAAGGACAUCCUGUUCUAUGACCGUGUCCUGUGUGACGUUCCCUGCAGCGGAGAUGGGACCAUGAGAAAAAACAUAGAUGUGUGGAAGAAAUGGACGACCAGCAACAGCCUGCACCUCCACGGGCUGCAGCUGCGUAUUGCCGUGCGUGGCGUUGAGCAGCUGGCUGUAGGGGGGAGGAUGGUGUACUCCACCUGUUCACUCAACCCUAUAGAGGAUGAAGCUGUCAUAGCGGCACUGCUGGAGAAGAGUGAAGGAGCACUGGAGCUGGAAGACGCAUCUGCUGACCUGCCAGGACUCAAGUGGAUGCCCGGGGUCACUUCCUGGAAGCUGAUGACCAAAGAAGGCAAGUGGUUCUCUGAUUGGUCCGAGGUUCCCAGCAGCCGUCACACUCAGAUCCGUCCUACCAUGUUUCCACCAAAAGACCCAGAGAAGUUGGCCAGCAUGCACUUGGAGAGAUGUAUGAGGAUUCUGCCUCAUCACCAGAACACUGGAGGUUUCUUUGUGGCUGUGCUGGUGAAGAAAGCCCCCAUGCCGUGGAACAAAAGAUAUCCCAAGCUGAGGAAGAGCGCUUCAGCUCAAACUGGAGGCUCACCAGCAGCCUCCUCCCCAGCAGACACCCCCCACCUGCUCCCUGAGGCCUCACCGGAGGAGAUGGAGGAAGGAGGCCCAGGAGGAAAAGUAGACGGGGAGGCGAAGACCACAGGAGCUCCUUCGGCUCAGGAGGCUACUGGUAAACUAGAUGCGGUGUGUGGACCUCCACCAUCUAAAAAGCUGAGGCUGUUUGGCUAUAAAGAAGACCCGUUUGUGUUCCUAACUGCAGAUGACCCUGUCUUCAACACUAUACAAUCGUUCUAUGAUCUGUCUCCUGACUUCCCCAAGCUCAACGUUCUCACCAGGACGCACGAGGGCAAGAAGAGACACCUGUACAUGGUGUCCAAAGAGCUGCGCAACGUGCUGUUCAACAACAGCGAGCGCAUGAAGGUCAUUAACACUGGGGUGAAGGUGUGGUCUCGCAACAGUGAUGGAGAGGAGUUUGGCUGUGCUUUCAGGCUGGCUCAGGAGGGUAUCUACACUCUUCAGCCGUAUAUCCGUUCCAGGAUAGUCAGAGUGAGCAUGGAGGACACCAGAGUGCUGCUGACGCAGGAGAACCCCUUCCUCAGCAAGCUGCAGGACGACGCGCAUGCCCAGGCCAAGCAAAUGGGAAUGGGCAGCAUAGUGUUGAAGUACAUCCCAAACCUGAAUAACCCCUUAGAGCCUCAGUGUCCCAUCCAGCUGUGCGGCUGGAGGGGAAAAACGUCCAUUCGAGCCUUCGUCCCCCGCAACGAGCGGUUCCAUUACCUGAGAAUGUUGGGCGUGGAGGUGUUCAGAGAUAAGCAGGGCCUUGGGCAGAAAAGGAGGGAUGGUGCGAAGGAAGAGAAGGAGGAGGAGGCAAAGGAUGAUGUGGAAAAAAACGCAGAGGCACCACUGGAAAAAGGAGAGCUGAAGCAUGGUGAUAAAAAUGGAUCACUGGAACCAAAGACUGAGAGCGGAAACAAGGAGAGUAGCACCUGAAAGACUUGAAGGAAGAACAGCAGAUUGUUGACUGAUUGGAGCUGCAAGUGCUGUUCUCCAGGUCCCAAACCACAUGAUGCUGUAGAAGAGCGUAAUGUGCCUCUGGUCACCACUGGACCAGCGUCCUCUCAGUUAUGGAUUCCUUUGGGAGGUUUCAUUUCGGCUCCCCUGUAGGAGUCACAUUUUUAGUUAAAGGACUUGUAUUAUUUUUAGUCUGGUUUUUGUUGAUGUUUUAUCUAGCAUAACCCACUGAUAAAGUGGCAUAUUUUUCUUUAUUAUAUUUUAAAUACCCGUCACCUAAUCUUUCACUGUAAAUCAGAAGUACAAAGUUAAUUAAAAAUGUUGACAUUUAGCUUCGUGAUGUUUUACAUGGUUGCACUUCAUGAGCAUCGCAGGACUGUUUGGUUGUAAUCAGGAACAUUAAAACAUGUCAAAGAUGAUGUGAACCUGAA